AUGACACUCCAAGGCUUUGACAAGAACGAGACCAAAGGAGUCGGCAAGGGCAAGACCGCUUGCCCAAUUGACGCAAAGCAGACCCUAGCCAUGUUCCUGCACGAAGUUCAGAAGCUGAAGACGUUCAUCCUAGCACACACGGAAGACCCGCAGAUGGACAUGAUAGUGGCUGCCUACCACUUCUGCUCCAAGCUGGAGUCAGCCGUCAACUUCGCAAGAGAGACCCUGCUGCGGGCACGCCUGCCCCAGGUGAACCCUCCGACAACAACAGGCGACCCCACUGCGGCCGGGCUCUUCGAGGACCCCCUACCCGGUCACGUGCACUGCAAGCUCAUCUCCGCCGUGAGUGGCAACUUACUCUCCACAGUCAACCUACGCGGUGGGGAGCCGUACAUGCCGCAGGUGCCCUUCGCCCGGCUCUGCGACGCGUUGCAUGCACCAGGAUUCCAGCUCCUAGACCAGAAACCGCACGGCGUGGACGUCGUGUUCCCUGGUCCGGGCUUGGCCCCGGACCCAGGGCAGGUGGAGCUCCAGCUGAUGGCCUUGAGUACGAAGAACGCGGCCACGAUGCGGAUCUACGUGGCACAGGAGCCCUGCGUGAUGAACAUCAAAGUAAGCGACAGCUCCGAUGUCCACUUCCAGACGCAGACAGUAACACGCAGGAUGUUUCCGAGAUCCACACCCAUGUUCGAAAUGCUGGAGCUAGCGCAGACCUUCGCAGCCACGGCCGGAGACAGGACCCUCCGUCAGAUCUGCCCACCAGAUGCUGAAGGCACCCUCGCCAAGGAAACCCUCCGAACGCUGAUGCAACUGCUGCGAACGAACGCAGGCAAGCGCAAACUGUCGGAGUUCCGGACGGAGUCCGGCGACUAUGCCAUAGUCUUGCUCUUCAAAGGCCCCGUCGCCUACAUCCGCCAGAAGGCGUUCUUCGACGAGGCCUAUGCGAAGAUCCCCGUGAGCGCCAAGAACGAGCAAGUAAGCUGCGGCAAGUGGCUUCUGCGCGAAAUACUCAGCGGCGGCUGCGACCCCUGA